AUGGAGGUGCGUUUACUCAACAAACAUUUUACUUAUUCUGCUAAGUAGAUCCCGACUAAUUCCAACUACAAUAUGCAAUAUCUAAUAUAAAACAGGCUAAAGAAAUUUCAGCACUGAAUAAGGUUGGAAACAGUAUAGCGAUUUGGCCAUGCUUUUAUAAGCCAACAUUUCUAGCAAAUAAGUUUGUGUUUAAAAUGUUCUGAUAUCCGUACAGAGUUUUUGCUGGUAUGAGCUGCAAAGUUAGGUUGAUGUCCAUCCACUUAGCACACUCUUUUCAAAUAAGCUCCCCUUGUAAAGCGACCUCGCCCUCUUGCGAAACAGUUCGUUGGAGUUUUGCAAGUUUCAUUUCCUACGAAGUUUCCUGCUUGGAACUCGAAGGUUAUCUUCUCAAUAUGAUACCCAACGACCAAGGUCGUUUGAUUUUUAGCAAUAAUUCCACCGUCCAGUAGUUUUGUAGUCAAAAGUAGACUGCUCUCGGACCUGAAUUGCCUACAUGGUUUCUUUCCUCUAUAAACUACAUAACAGUUAAGUCCUUUCUGAUAAAACCGAAAAUAUGAGCCCAGAAAGCAGCUCAGACGUAGGCGCUAUCGCCAUUCCAACGAUCACGCCCAAUACUUUUUCAGUCGUUUCAUCACAAAAGCAGUUUUGUUUUAUUUGGUCAGUGUCGAGCCCAUGGCCAAAUUACUCUCAACAGGGUCUUAAGAAUGGAAUUUAAUUGUUUCGGGCAAUUUUAAAAUUUGAACAGGUCUAAAAAGAAUCUUUGAUUCAUUCUGGCAUUUCAAAUACUUAAUUUACUCUGUCUUUCAUUGCAUCGUCCGCUACAGUGCUCCGUGCUCCAAAUGAAGCACUGCAUCCGUGGUUUUAAGGUUCCUUUUCAAAAAUGUAGACAGCUCUUUCAUUUGCUAUCUCGUUAAGAGGAAGGUAGCUCAAACUACCUCAAAAAGAGCAAAGUGGCAGUUUAAAUAUUAGAGGAGGUUGAUGCCUCCCUUGUGGACGCAAAAUUGAGUUGGUCGGUAAUUUACUAAUUUUUCUACAAUGUGCUAAAAUGCUAUAAUGUUAUUAACGCUUAUUGUAGUCGCCCAGUUUCUAUGGGUUUGUGUGCAGUUGAAGUUCUUUGGUCUCGAAGUCCUCACUGUUAAGCACGGUUCCUAAAAAACAGUCGUAAAGUGCAAAAAUUGCAACCCGUUCACUCAAAAACACCGUUUGGUCUUUGUCGCUACUAUUACGCUAGAUAACGUAUGCAUAUCUACAUGUUUAGGUUCAUAAGGCAAAUCGUCUGUUUACCAGACACUUUCGUCGCGUACUCAUUACUGUUCCCGAUAUGGUUUUGUCGAAAAAUCGGACAAAUCGGGAUAUGAAACAAAAUACCUUUAAAGUAUAUUAAAAUAUUAAGUCUAGUUUUAUACCAAUAAAAAAGCUUAACCCGAUCACUGCAUGACUACUGAACGCAUCUGUUAUUUCAAUGCCUGGCCUGAACGACGUACGUGCUCCACUCACUACAGUACAGAUGAUUAGUAUGGAUUAGUACAUGGAAACCCGUGUAAAGUGAGGUCUGAUAGAUUGCCACAAGUAUGGCUUUUAUCAUUGGCGAUGAUAAAACAGGUUAAUAUCGGGAAGAGCUCCAUAGAUUAUAGUCAGCAGAAAACACAUUUAGUAGGCUCGGCCGUUCACAAAAUAUGCAAAUUGUUUUUAGGGAAUACCCCGGAAACUUGUUUGAUAUACAAUAAAACAGUAUCCGCAGAAACUAACACCACCUGUUUUUUUCUUCCACAGAAUAUAGUUAUAAAACCUGGAUCUUCAUCUUUAGCCAUUAUGCUUGAUGAUAGCAAAUAUAGCUACCUGCGAGUGUGGCUUUUCAAUUUAACAAACCCCAAUGAAGUGAGCAAUUCAGCUACCCCAAAACUAAGGGCAGUGGGUCCAUAUGUAUACCGGUGAGUAACCAUUACGAAUAACAUCAAACCAAUAUCUAUACAGGAUGACGAUAAAGAUUAGAAAAAUAUCUGUUAACCUUUUUAAGAAGCGCUGAUCUAAUGCAAAAUCUUUCUUAAUUCUUUUAAUACCUCAUGCUAAAAUUAAUAUCAGUGAUGGAGGAAAUGUCUGAAAAUCAAAAGAUUGUAUCAAUCCAUGUAGUGCUAUUCAUCGGUUGUCAGACUGAAGAAGUCUGAGACAGUCGGCUUUAGAUCUCGAUCGGGUAGUUUAAGAUGUCCACAAAAAUAUCUUCUCUGCUUACUCACUUAGUAGCAUGUACUAUUUUGUGCUUUGGUCGAAAGUUUUUGAGGAGUAUUCAGUAUUCUAGAAAUCACCAUGAGUUGUCUUUGUUGAUGCUUUAAUUAUACAAAAUGGAGCGAACAACAGUGGUUUAAAAGGGAGCAUUUAUAUGUGUUUUACGAUACAAAAAUCCUUUUAGAAAGUCCGAAGCAAAAUAAAAUAUACCACUGCGUCCAGUUUGCACAUUUCUGUCUAUCAGUAAGCAUGACACCAGCUCUAACAACGAACGUGGCUAUGAAGGGGGGGGGAGAAAGAGCAUGAAUUUCCGCGGGAAACCGCUUGCUUAUAUAUGCCGCCAGGCAUGCGAGGGGCGGAUACUUAUCACGUGCCUAUAAAAGUAAAAUUGGAGCAGAUUUUAAAAAUGACGAAAAAUGAUUUAACGCUGAAAUGGCGUGAAAAUGUUUCAGUUUAUGCUGUCGGGCCACAGAGAGCAGUUUUAUUCAUCGAUCCUUUACGUAUUUUAGAGAAGAGAUGUGCAAAUUACGGUUUUUCGAAAACUGACUGCUGAUAAGGCACUGUGCAUUCCCCACACAUAGGUGGUUAAAGUGGGCUCAACUAUUAUAUGCUAGCACCGUAAUCUUUAGUAUAACAUUACCCCAAAAGCUGCAUUGUAUGUUAAGCAAAACGUUCCAUCCUAAAGACUGACUAAAUUACCGUUUACUGUUAACAGGGGAUUUAGAGAAGGCUACAGAUAGAGGAGACAGUGAAGAUAACUUGAGCAGUCAUCUAACUUUGAUGAAAUAAUUUGGUAAAAUACUUAAGAGAACAUUGCAGAAUCAACCUGAACACUUUGUGUACUGAAAUGAUACGCGUUUAUUAUGUUCAAAGGAUUUAUCCGGUUCAUGAAAUAGGCAUUAUCCUGCAAUUACUGAUGUUCUCCUAUAGUUCUCACUUUAACAUUUCGGUGCAUUUUAUUGUUGGGCUGUGCAGCGUCCCUUCUCCUGUCCAAAAUUUGGUUUUGUAAAUGGGUUUUUUUACUGUUUCGUGCGAGUCUAGAGAUUGAAUACAUUGACGUGUGAUUGACAGCCUUUCUGACCCCCUGUAAAGCCCAUUGUGACUAUACUUAUGGGACAAGCACGGGCAGUUCUCCAUAGAAGAUGGAACGGCAAAAAGUGGGUCAUAGAAAUGAGCGCAUACAACUCAUCAGUAUGUCGAACCGCAUCUGAUGCUCACCCCUGAAUUAGGUCAAAUGUCGGACCCAGUGGCGAUCCCAUCAGUUUAAGCCAUGUGCAGGGGCGCUAGCGGCUCACCAAGUGGGUUAACAUGUGGGGUCGUGGGAAGUAUUCGUUUUUGGCAGUAUAAUUUCGGCAACAGCAUGCAAAUGUAUGCCAAGAUAAAACCCCAUAUGGUACGAUUCGCAGUCUACUGACAGUUAAGUGGGGUCUUUCUCCACACCUUUUCAAAAACUAUUGAUUACAUUGCAACUUACGGGAGCCGUCUUUUGUCCAGAACAUACUAUUGAAAUCAUUGAUCCUGUGUCAGGAAAGGCCUUACACUAAUAAAAAGACGGAGUUGAAAGAAGAGCAUGUCCUUAAGUUGAACUUGUAUUAAAUUAACUUUACAUCAUAACUGAAUUGUCUCACAACCGAGAAGUCCUAGUGCCGUACUGCUAGAUAAACUGACAUCCAGGUUGACUUGUUCAGCUUUAGGGAAUAGUCGCUUUGAGAUUUAAUGAGCAAGUCAUUCGCUUUUGAAAUGGGUGUUUGCCUUAAGGUAUUUUGUUUGAGUUCCGGAAAGAUGCAACGUGGGAACUUCACUGAGCUCGACGGUCAGUGUCUCAGGUCAAUUUGAUAAUUCAAGUGCACCCAUCAAGCGAACUUAUCUGAUCGCUAUGUCGACGACAUUUUCGGCAUUGUCAAAACAUCUGGCAUCAGGCACCUUAAAGGAUUACUGAAAACGCUUGACUCAGAUAUCCAAUUCAAAACUGAAGCCGAAAUAAACGCCAAACUCCCUUCACACAAAAGGCAGGACUGGCCUAUACGGCCCCCUUGACAGGAAAUGAGAAUGUGAACAGCCUGCGAUGCGGGUGGCUUUGAGCCAACUUCCGGCGAAAUUGAGGUUAGGUUUAAGGUUAGGAUCAGGGCCGACUUAAGGAGUAGGUUCAAGGCCAGAUUUAAAGUCAAUGUUAAGGCAAUUCAGGAUCAAGGUUAGAGUUAGGGAAAGGGCCAGUGUUACCUGCAAAACAAAGGUUUGAGUGAGGGUAAGGGUCAAGAUUAGAGCAGCAGUUUAGUUUUAUAUUAGGGUUAUUGUUGGGGUUAGGACACGGGAAUAGUUUACCCUUUCCGGAGUUAUGCGCAAGCCCACCUUACUUGGCGGGGCGUUCUUAUUCCCAUGUCCUGUUUAGUGGGCAAUAUAAGUCAUUCAUACCACUCAUCGUACCUGUGCGCCGUCGUCCAGCUCAGCAGCUGCAAACUAUGUACUCCGGCGAUGCUUUAGUUAUUGCGAAAAUAUCUAACAUUCAGCACCUUAAAGAAAUACCGAAAACCGUUGACCCGAAUGUCCAAUUUACGAUUGAAGCUGAACUAUGCUACUAACCCCCCCCCCCUCCUCAACGUUCUUAUUCACCGGUGUGCAAUUUGGGCAACUGCAAAAGUCAAAACAUUAGGUAAAUACUACAGUUUGUCAGCAAUCACCCACUGCCUCAAAAAUGCAGCUGUGUCGGCAGCCUGUUCCGAAGAGUGAAAACACGUUGCAGAACGCAAGCCAACCAAAGAACCAGACUGCUAUACCCUUACAGUCUCUCUAGAGCCCAGUCAUUUUAUCAAUUAAAACAGACGCAGGGCGAACAGACGGCGGUCAAUGGAGCAGCAACCCGAGGUUUGGAGGACCAUUUCCUACGUUGAGAGAGUCCCAGAGUUGGUGUCUCGAUCGUUACAAUUCGCCACAGUAGACUUAGAUCAUCGACUGCAGGCGAAUAUUCGCCACCAUCUGAUGCAACCCAGAGAUAAAUAGCCACUCACCGAAACCUUGGCAUUUGUCUGCAAAAUAAGUUGCGGUAUAUCCUUUUCCGAAAUUUACAAAGGAAAAGUGUUUAUCUCCUUGUAUGCUUCCUGGGAUAUCUCAUUCACUCCGAAAGCGAUGUUUUGACUUAGGUUCCCUUUUGGGCAAGCAUUCAAACAGUAACUGAGGAGGAGAAAAUUACUUCCUUCUUACUUGUUAUAAUUUAUCAUCGUUAUCGCAUGCAUAAACAUAACUUAACUCAACUUCAUCCUAGAAAGUACUCCUUUUACGAUGACCAAAAAUGGUCUGCUGACGGGAAAUACACUACGUUCACAUACACCGAAAAAAAUAAAUUUGUCUUUGACCCGGAGAUGUCCGUGGGUGACCCGCAAAAGGACAUCAUCAUAGCAGCAAAAAUGCCAGAUUUUGUAAGUAAACUACGUCAAGUUUCCUCUUCUGACUUAGUUAUAUGCCACUUUACUACUUUUUGAACUGAGCUUAAUUUUUGACAACCAUUAUUUAAUAACUGGCCUGUCUUGUCAAAGAGUAUCGUGCUGAUACCAUCACCACGAACUAGAGGCGUAUCAACUGGACACAAGGACAGCUAGACGGUGGAUAAUGUCAACAGCGACUCUUUGUUCUUUGGAAUGAAUAUGGACACUUAUGACCGACUGGUUAAGUGAAGGUUAACAACGCGGUUGGGCACAGGAAUACGGACCCUUCGUAUCGCAAAUGACCCUACCUUAAAUUCCGGGGAUUAGGACUUAACGUUGAUGUUUUGGUUAAUUGGGUUAGAGUUAGGGCAGUGGUAGGUGUUAGGGCUUAUGCUUAGGGUUGAAGGUAGGGUUAUGGACUAAUUGUGCGGAGGUCAAAGAAGUGAGGUCAACUUUAACUACACGCAAUAAGUUUGCUCCGUCUACUGUCAGAAGUCAAGGAGCUGUGAGAAUCAGUUUAUGUUGUACACAGGGCAGGUAGCUGUGAGUUAACUACUUGCUUGUGUCGGAGCAAGCGUCCUUUUGAGAGGGCGCAAGCCGUGUUGUGUUGUCCACACGACUGUCAAAUGGCCGUGAUAGCAUGAGGGAGUGUCUAGCCGAGUGUUGGACAUGUAAUUGGUUGGUUUGGGGUCAGAGUCGGGGGGGACAUGAUGAUAAAGGCAAGCAGGUAACCAGCCGGGCUCUCCGACGCGCCUGUGAUCAGCCGUGAGUCAUCACACCUGAGUCCCAACUCAGGCCUGAGGGACGGCCGUGCGUCAGCGGUGUGUCUGUAGGUCUAGCGUGGUUGUCGCGGUCAUCGACUGACAAAGAGGCGCCGUGAGCGGGGGCACUGGGGCGGCUGCUCCAAGUGUUGGGGUUGUGCGGUUUGGUGUUAGGGCUGUCGCUAAAAGGAUUAGGUCAAGAGUUAAAUUUAGGAUACAACAUUUGGAACUCCCUGGAUUUAGCUCGAGGUCAUUUUGAGUACUGGGCAUCCUGCGUCCGACCAAAAACGCUUCAAGAGGGAUUCCUAUUGCUCAAGAAGACGAGUUUAUCGGGACAUCUCAUUUUCAGCCAAGUUGUGUCAACUCACUUCACUUCUCUGCAGGAAAGCCCGUGCCAGUAUAACCGUUUUUAUUCAUAGAUAGUUUUAAAUAUGCAGACUAGAAACAAAUAGACUCUGGUUGAACGCCUUACAGGUGUAUGGGGGAGUAAAUACCUAGAAGUGACUUUAAGACCACCAACAUACGCAGAUAUAUGGAAAACACAAGCCAAACAUCAGGUUUCUAAAUUAGGCUACUGCCACUGUAAUGCAAGUCAAAUCAUUGAGCAAAUAAAAAGACAUACUUGUUUUGCCCGAAAAUCAUCUUAGCCACCGCUUUUGUAGUUUCUCAUGUUGUGUACUAUUUAUGUCAGACCUCGACUUUUAAUUCCUGAAAAUCGAAAACAGCUAUUUAUAUCGAAGUAGCCUAAUCAAUUGGAAAAUACUUUUGAUUAUUGAUCUUUGGAACUUCAUGGAAAUCACAAUUAAAACGCACAGUACCACCACUAAAAGUAAGAGCACAGGGUUCAGCAAACUUGCAAAGCAAGCUAAAAGUGCUAGCGCGUGCUUGUGAUAUUGAACUUUAGCCAACAUUCUCUCUUCUGCAUAAAUUCAUGGGUUUUCAUGCUCUCUUAGCGGGUGAAACUUGAUUUUAAUACAGACUAUUCCACGAGAGCUUGGCUAGUGGAAAAUUAGCUUAGCUUUAGGACCUUAUAUAGGCCGCGUAAAUUGUUAGGACUCUUUAGACUGAUUAUAGAGAAUACAGGGUUAGAAAUUUGCUAAGAGUUACAAGCCCUAUUUUUUCCCCAAUCUGGGAGCCGAACAUUUUUGUCAUGUUUAACAUAUUUUGCACUUUUUCAAAGACAAUGGUCGCACUCGGAAGAGACCUUUUGCGUUUCUCGAAAGUGAGGAAGAUAAUGAAGCAUUUUGUCCAACCCUUCAUCAAAACGACAGCCCACCAAUACAUUUGGGGAUACGAAGACAAAUUGCUUAAGGUUUGCAACCGCCUGACCGGAAAUAUAUGCACGUCUACAAAUGUGGGUCUACUUAUUUCGGUAGGUUGAUAAUUUGAAAUGAUGGAUUGUCUCUAUUGCCAAAGUACGGUUUGGCAGAGACUGGCAUAAAUGGCUAAAUGUCCUUGUGGACGUUAAACUGUGAUAAGAGAUAUGUGUCGGAGAAUAUUGAGCGGACAACAGAAUUAGUAAUAAAAGGGGCUACGGCAGGGGAAAGUUCAUCUUUUAAUUUCGAGAUUUUUAUCAGGAUUACGCUCGUUAGUUCUCCCUCCAGUAUUUUAUUAAAAAUUGAAGAAUUACAAAUGCUUAGAUCCUAACAUGACAUCAGCCUCCUCUUACGUGGAUAAUACAAGUUCGCAUUGUGUCUCAACCGUCUUUUAAAAAGGACAAUUGAAGCAUUUAAGUUGCAUUUCAAACUACAACCCUUUGAAGUGUUCAAACAUGAUGGAGGACUCUUGAUGAAGGCUAGACGGUUGAGUAAAUCAUUCAGGCAUCAGCAAUUCACCAGGGAGCAAUGUGGUCGUUUGUCUAAGAUACGAGUUCUUUUACUGUUAAGUGAUUUUUAUUUUUACUGUUCAAAACUACACUAUUCUCUGAUAUUAUUUCAAAGAAAAAUUCUCACAAAAAUUAUCUUUCCUGUCUUCCGACAUACUAUCAUUUUAGAAAAACAAUUCUAUUUCUGAUCCAAUAACAAUUCUAACCGGUACUGACGACGCCUCGCGGCUAGGACACAUCUUAUCCAUCAACAAUCAAAGGUGAAUUUGCAAUGUGAAAAAUCCAGUAAAUGACUUAACCGAUGAAGAGUUCGCCUUCCUAUUUGUAUACUUUCCUGGGGAGAUCGGUUAGAAAAAAGCUUCGUAUUCUAAAAGUUUACAUGAAACCAAUUUUUUUGUUUAUGCACGCAACUGGAAUGCAAAACAACCCCUCUGGUACAUUAAACCCACUUGCAAUGACGUAGAUGAGACUGCGGCAGACAGUUCCCUUUUUCUGACAAAAAUCCGGUGCUGUGAUGAGCAUCCGCGGGAUGGAUUCCAUAUUUUUGUCUUUGGAAGUUUCCUUUGCCGACUCCUGUAUGUCCCUUACUGACACAGGUCUCAGCACUGCGUCUGUAUGAAAUAAAAAAGAAUACGACCAGGCGCGAUUUUAAUACUGUCAGUAUGGAAAACAGUCCGACGUGAGACCAUAGAUAUUGCGACGCCGCCAACCACAAGGUAUUCCUUUUGAAGGUCGGUUUUUUAGACUUUGGAAGCCAUCACCCGCAUUCGCACUGACCUUUAUUGUCGCCCCGAGGGAGCAAGUCCCUUGCAUACUCUCCCCAUCUGCCUGGGCAGUGGUUGCUGCGUCAGUGAUGACUGUCACGCUUUUGUCAGAUCUAGUAGGUCAUGUGCACAUGCGGGUCCGGCUUGGCUUCUCCCUUUUGUGGGUUCACGUAUGGUAUGAGUUUGCGUCUGCUCUUUCGUUCAUUCAGACGGGUCCGGAAGGCUUUUUGGGCUGCGGAGGGGAGGAGGGAGCCAUCCGACGGCUGAUGCAAGUAUAGCGACAGCCUAAGCCAUAGGUUGAGACCCCAGCCAUUACGACCAUCAAGCCCAGUUCCGAAGAGGAAGCGGAGAAGUGGAACCCCAAUUGGAAGGAUGAUGUAUUCUGUACAGAACUAUUGGGGGGGAGGCUGCUAAGAGUUGACAGUCGGAGGAGGACGCGUCGGACGCCACCAGCAUGAGACUGUGGGACAGUCAUCCGACAGUUCGACCAUCGAUUUCGGCGAUGCCCACCGUGUGCUCCAGAGCAAUGUGAGAGCAGGAACGGUGACUUGUGCGGGAAUCAGCUUUUAGUGAUAGCGGGCUUGCGCAGCAUCUAGCACGCCCUAUCCUCCCCACUCCCCACCUGGAUCCGGUGUCAAGACAGAGUCAAGAAGACCGGAGCCUGGGGAGGGCGCAGGUGGAUGGCACGGUGGAGGCCAUACCCCCUGGUCCACACAACAAAUGACCAGGUUUUUGAUCAACAAAAACAACAAAGGGGGAGGGCAGGGGUCCCAGUGUUCACGACGACUGUCGACAACCGGCUCCGCCACUGCAUCCAGAAAUGUUGGUAUCUUUUAUGGUGUGCAAUCCGAUAACGCCUGCCAGAAUCCAAUAUGGCCCCCGUGUUGGUCCAGCGCAUCUAAUACGUGGCCCGUUUGGGGAAAAGUCAUCCGGCGCCUUCAAAGAGGUCAUGUCUGGACCAGCCUCCAAAAGGAUUGACCACUCUGGACAGCCGGCGUUGGCCGAGAACCAGACUGAAAUCAGGGCUCACGUACCAGUAGUCACGAGAGCCCAACGUUGCAACAUGCGCCCGGAUUUGGACCGGUACAAAGGCUGUCCAGCUCAGGUGUUUCUCCAGCCUUGCGGUCAUUCCUGUCACCUAUAACUUCGACGCUCUGAAAGACGAGCGCAUGUCCAGACACUGGCCAGCUUUAUGCCGUGAGAGACAGCGCAUUCAUUCUGCUCGAUAUUUUAAAUGGUUUGUAGUCAUUUGUGUAUCCGUUCUAUGUUGUCACCUACGAAGGAGUCAAACUUGAUCUUAUAGACGUCAUCCAUAGUUUUAACUCGUGGCAGGGUGGCCUUUGGUAUGUUUGUUGUGCAGGCAAAUAUCACUUUAUUGGAGCGAUUUUUAAGCUUCAGUGGCAAGUUUCACAAUCUUUUCUGCAAAGUUUUUCUCCUUCAGCAAUAUUCCUCAGGAAAAAUUAUUUUUUUAUACAGACUGUGUGUAAUACUUGUAAUUUUUAUUUUGCCAGCUUGCUGGACCUAUGGGCAGGACACUAUGCAAACAUGAUAAAUGGAACAAGUAAGAUUGUGAUUGGUUUCCUGUGAGAUUGUCAAAAGUCUUCUAUAUUAGGAACUGCUACCUUUGGUGUUCCACUUUCGACGCAAAUAGACCCGCAUCAAAUGACCUUGUCCUAGCUCUGCCAGAACAUUUAGCGCCACAGGCCAGUCAUUUAUUGAUUGACAACUAAUGAAUGUCCCUGUAACACAUGUAUUCCCGUUUGCAUACUAAGUUGGUAGUUUCUGGUCUAUCAGUGGUCAUCAGUUGAUGUCAGCACUUAGUACUCGAGCAACUCUGUCGCCGCUGUCACGCGAGUGCCUUUGUGGACUAUAGACCCCAACUCUGACGGAAAGCAGAACUGUAAGUUUGCAACUUAACAUCAGGAUCAACCAGGGAAUGUCAGGUCAACGCGACAUUUACCAGUGGAUUUAUGUUAGUGAGUCUCACUUUCAACCUCUUUCCCGUCCAGGUGGACCAGACUCAUCUUCGUGUCCUCGUCAUUAAGCGAAAUCCAACAAAUCGAAUUUAACUUUGUCCAAAACACAACCUCAAUAUGGAAUGUUUGUUUGCAAGUUGUUCAGCAACACCUCUUACUGCGCAUUUUUGAUUUCCAAAUCUAUUUGCAGCUGGUGCAUUUACGCCGCCGGACGUCGAAAUUGGUUCCUCACGCUUCAUGUACGCCACUUCGGUUUGCCGAUCUUUCAACUUUACGGCACGCAGGAAGGUGAGAGCGAAAAACUUCCCGGACAUGGAGGCAAGUUGAAAUUUUCGAUCGUGUGUUGCCAGACGAAAAUAUAAAAUCUGUUCGGUCGGUAGAAGGGUCUAAGCAGCAACAGAUACUUAGGGUACUGAAUAAGAAACAUUAAUUUUUUGCUUGUGAGUGUUCACAUUGAGUAUAACAGCCGAACUUCAAAGGAACCGAACCUGAGAGAUGGAAUCUUGAGCGCACAGAGUGAAGGGUAAGGAGGUCGAGAAAACAGUGGUACAAUGCGAUGUGAGAAAGAACAGUGGGAAAUACGAGUGAAGUUCUCAGAAAGUCAGCUAGAAAGCCGCAUUUGUCAAACAUAACUAGACUAAAGGCCUUCUUUUCCUGUUUGUAUAGUGUAUUUACUUCAUUUUUGAUCCGGACGCAGAGAUCUAAUGCCUAGUAAGUAUUACGUUCAUGGACAACGGUCUUCUUGGUGCGUAUUUAGCAAUCCUAUCAAUUGCAUCAUCCGAUGUUUCGGUUAGGCUUACGGUUAGAUUCAAGUUCUCACUACAUUCACUGGUAAUUCCAACCUAUUAAAAUCCUUAUUCCAGUAGAAAGCAGUCUCUUAUCAUUUGUCGUGGGCAGGACUUGACAGUUUCCCUUCGGCGAGAUUUAACCCGUCAUGAGUGGGCUUUGAAUACCCGAACUCCCGAGUGCAGGUCUGAAAGGAGAGCCCACGGGGCGAUUCAUCGGGAAACGGGAAGCGAAACGAUCUUCAACGAACACUAGCUGUGAAAUGAACAGACUUUGUGCCCGAGGCCCAAGCGCGUAACGGUAAGGCCGUCAUCUAUAAGGUGGUCGCAGGCCAUAGCGUUAGUACGACAUGUUUAAUGUCUAAUUGUCGAGUGCUGAUCGCCCUCCCGACAACAGUAACGUCCACCUAGAUUACCGCCCGCAUAGAAGUGUCUGUCUGCAAAUUGCUACAAGGAGUGUCACUAGAUGACACAGACCUCCCUGUCAUCAGUCCUGAUGAGAGACAUGAUAGAGGCACUCACUUAUCCUGCUAGAUGUUUGCCUGAUUCCAACCCACCGUCAGCUAGCCGAUUCAGACCUGAUUAAUAUUGCUUCCUUUGGUUCAGCUGCUUGACUGAUAUGAUUCGAUUAUGUGUUGUGCCCAUCUGAAGACGAAUUUGAUCAAACAUCACCUCGUUAAAAUAAGGUCUUUGCUGGCAGCGGUGUAACUGCGGGUGGAUCUGACGAAAGCUUAUCUUUAACGCCUUUCUGACCACGUGCAUUUUCGGUCUGAAGAACUAACUUAUCAACUGGCCCAGUAACUUUCGGCAGUGUGCUUCCAAGAAAUCGCGACGUAGGACGAUCAUUUGUGCAGCGCAGAUCCAAACUAUGGAGUUGAGUAGAUCAUAUAUGAUUGCUGAUGUCACAAGUACAAGUGGCGUCUGACUGGGCAUGCAUCGGAACCGAGGAAAUGUCCAUUAAUUUACAUGUUGUUAUGAAUCGCCUUCUUCGCGUAUUUUGUUGCACAUUAUGACUAAAUAUGACUUCCAUUGAGCGGCGUCAAAUUUCAAAAAACCGAACCAUUCUUCUUUGGGCAAAGAUUUCUUAGAAGUUAGCUCAAAAAAUCCCUCUUUCGACAACUGCACCUUCUCAGCGGACGAAUUUCGUUAUUAUAUGGUGUUCGCCUGUUUAACCUGGCCCAAAUAAAGGUCAAGUAAACAAGUCUAACACAGUUUCCAGGGUUUGCUAUGUCAGUUUGACUUGUCAACAGCCCAUUGUUUCCUGUAAACCACGUUUACUUAAAAUUCAGACAAUCCGCCAUUACCUAGAUGUCCACACUUGAGUUUUUGAACAGAAGAUGUUUCACUUUCGUACAACUGAUUAUCCUCCUCUAAACAUCCGCCUUUAUCCUAGCUCUACGAACUUGGCCCAACACCCGAAACUUUUCACAGUGCUCAAGACCAUCCAGAAAAUGCCGAUUUUGGCGUAAACGAAACUCUUGGACCAAAGAAUCCUCCAGGCGGGGUUUUUGACCUCUCCAAUUGUCUUUUCAAGAAGAAACGCAGGGCUCCAAUUUUCUUCUCCCUGCCUUACUUCCAUAAGGCCGCUGUGGAAGUCCAGAACAAAGUUAAAUUUGUUGGUGAAGAACAGAAAGAUCUCGAAUUCACUUUCAAUAUUGAACCGGUAGGUCUCCUAGUAAAAUGAAUUGUGAUAAAUUCUCUAAUUUGAGGCAGAUAUGAAAAUAUAGGCUCUGCUUUUUGAGAAGAAAGCUAAGCGCAAUAUGCCCCCACUAUAAUGAGUACUUUUUGAAAGGGUAAAAUUGACUGGUAUAUAAUAACCAGCAGCCUACACCAGUCAUGCAUGGAGCAAAGUUAGAGAAAAUUUGCCUCUUUUUGCUGAUAAAGAGGGUAAUAGCUCUUUUCGUUAAAUAGAAAUCCGGCAUUAUCUUGGAGGGCUACAAACAAUUUCAGCUGAAUCUGUUUGCCUGGGGGCAUCGAGAAAACAGGUAAGUAUUUAUUUCUGACUGAAAGUAACAGCUGAAACUUGAGUUCAAAUCCUCCAACUGCAUUCAGCAGUUGUCAGUGUUGAACUAAACAAACAGUUUUGGAAGAUGAAGAUGCGAUCACUGGGACAAGAGGUUUAUUUGCCUGACGUUUCGGAUUCUCACUCGAAUCCGGCCUCAGAGACAUUCGCAGAUAGAGGUGAAGGUGACACCAGGAGUGCAGUAUUUAUAGCACGUGGCUGCCGUGGGACCGUAUGCGCACUGCAAUUAACAGUUCUCACAAUCGCCGCUGGGGUCGUAAUUGAUGCGGCGGUGGCUUGGCGGUCCGAGUCCGAGUUGUUAAUGGCCGCGAUUUCGUCAUCCGUGCUCGAUGCUGGUGUGACGAUUGCUCGGCAAACUGGCUCACUGUCACCGUGAUAAUUGCUCACCCGCGCCCUCCCCACGUGACUGAUUCUCCUGUCCAUUGAAAAUCACAAUACGGAAUAGGGCACCGGGAGGUCAUUGUGUUUGUUGAUGGAUUGCGGGCCUGAGAACCAUGACUCGAGCAGCUCGCGGCUCACGCGGUUGUCACCCCUUGCGAGGAUUUCGGCCUCUUGAAAGUUCAAAAUAUGGCCGGGUCCCGUCGAGUGUGCCGCCACCUGAGAGGUAGCGUCUCCCCGCCUCACUGCUGCUGCGUGCUCGGCAAGUCGCGUACGGAGUAAUCUCCCAGUUUCUCCGACAUAAUUGCUUUGUCCGCAACUACACCAGAUCCGGUAAACGACUCCAGACGUUUCCUGCCGUGGCAGCGGGUCUUUUUGGCCUCAUUAAUUGGCGCCUAAUGGUUGCUUCCGGCCUGUGUGCAACCCCAACUCCAAGUGGAGUGAGAAGACGACUGACGGCUUCCGAGACGUUCUUCAUGCACGGAAGAGCCCGCCAAAAUUUGGGGCUAGUUGGAUUUGGUCUCUGGUGUCCUUUUCGUAUGCACUGGUUGACAAAGUUGCGCGGGUAGCCAUUGGCUCUCAUUACCCGUCGAAGAUAUUGUAAUUCAGCAACCUUGUCUUCCAUUUCACUGCAGUGCGUCUCAACACGCCGGUAUAGCGCCCUUACGCAACUGCGUUUGUGACUGAUCGGGUGGUUGCUAUUGAAGUUCAGUAUUUGCGUCGUAUUUGUCGCUUUCCUGAACACUUUGGUUUUUAGGCCACCACAAUCUUUGCGGCAAACGAGGACAUCCAGGAAGGCCAGCUGAUUGUUUUCCUCCUCCUCCAUCGUAAAUUGAAUGUCCCGGAAGACGGCGUUGAGUUGUUCUUUGAAAGUCAGCACCUGAUCCCGUUCGAUGACGACGAAGGUGUCAUCCACAUACCCAGCCCAGAAUUUCGGUCUGUGGUGUCGGAAAAGCAGCAACUCCAGCCGUUGAAGGACCGCCUCGGCUAUGAGUCCCGAAAUCGGCGAACCCAUUGGCGUUCCCUUCACCUGCUCGUAGAUUGUUCCGUCGAAUGUAAAGUACGUCUUGAGACAGAACUUCAGGAGCUGGAUGAUUUGGGCGUGUCCGAGGCGAUUCUCCGUUUCGUCGGUCUUCUCUCGUAGGCGUAGUUCGAUUGUCUCGACUGCCAGGUCCUGCGGGAUAGAAGUAAAAAGGGACGUUUUGGUAUAAUUUUUAUUAGUGCACUCUUAAUAAACCCUAGAUGUAGUCAUUUUAAGCAACAAAAUGGUUUGAUCUAGUCAUGAUUACUAGACGGUUCGAAACUGAAGCCUCCUGGUUCGAUUUCCCAGGAUUUCCCAGUGUACUUUGAAGCUUAUGCACGACCAGUGAGGAGUAGACUUCUGUCCUGUUACACCUCGUGAUAGUUGUCAUGAGUUUUCUGAACCAAACAGCUUGCACUCCUUUGAUGCUGCAAGUUUCUUUUGAGAAAUAUCAUACAAAAUCUACUGUGGGUCCACCCAAACUUCGAGGUAAAUGUGCACGUAGGCAGAUGCUAUCAGUGUGAAGUUAGAGACAUCAGUAUCUCACGUAACGGAAGCGGAUGUAGGUGUUAUAGUUAUAAUUGCCCCUUGCAUCAUUCGCAGAUUUUUAUGGGGAGGACUUGGGCGUGACUUCGGGGGGUCGGGCCCGAAAUUGUAAUAAGGACUUGAGUCGUAAACAACCAACUUCUUGUGGGGUAACCGAGUAGUGUCCAUCAUGUACUACCGAUAAAGUCUGCGAAACUACUGGUUCGUCACUUAUGUCUGGAGUCCAUACAUCAAAAGCCACAUAUCAUAGGCCGCCGAAUGGGGAAACCAUGAGUAUACAUACAGUAAGUGACCGUUCUCCUGAAAUGUUGGCGGAAAUUCUGAAAUGCGUCUUCGAUCACGAAGGAUUACUUAGGCGCAGUUGCGACACUGCUUAUCUUGCGACAUAAUCCUAUAACAUUUCAGACUCUGCAGGAUGCCAGCUGUUCAAUAAAUUGCUUUUCAAUCUCCUGUGGAUACCGUACUUGGUCGAAAAUGGCUACUUAAUUAGCCUGCAUUUUUCCCAUUGGUUUUCGAUGGUCUUGCAAAUUCAAAUAUGUUUCAUAGAAACCACGAACAAAAACGUGCUUUCUUUUAGUCAUUUGAUAGAGCAUCGCGUCAUCGUUAUACUUUAUACUUGAAGAAGGAGUAUAAUUAGGUUUUAAGUAAACUUUCUAAUUCCAGGAUAAUUCAGAGCCUGGUAAGUAGUUGCAUUAACACUUAUGGAUUCCAUUCUGCAAGGUGCAUGCGUUCGGCGUAAAAAAAUCAGAUAUUCUUCUAUCCGUUUAACAAAAUACUAUGUAGCGUCCAUAAAAUUUUGCACUGGAUGCGGAUCAUGUUGUACAUUUCAUCAGGAGCAGUGGGAUAGGGACAGCUACGAUGCUGUAUGAAUGGACAUUACACGUUCCUAAAAAAUCUCAUAAUUGGAAAGUUUAUUUAAAUCCUAAUUCUACUCCUUCUUCGAGUAUAAAGUAUAACGAUGACGCGAUACUCUAUCAAAGGACUAAAGGGAAGCAUGUUUUUGUUCAUGGUUUCUAUGAAAUAUAUUUGAAUCUGCAAGACCAUCGAAAAUCAUUGGAAAAAUUCAGGCUAAUUAAGUAGCCAUUUUUGACCAAGUACGGUAUCUACAGGAGAUUAAGAAGCAGUGUAUUCAAAAUCUGACAUCUUGCCGAGUCGAAAAUAUUUUAGGAUUAUGUCGCAAGAUAAGCAGUGUCACAACUGCGCCUAAGUAAACCUUCUUGAUCGAAAACGCCUUUCAGAAUUUUAGCCAACAUUUCAUGAGACUGCAUAUAUGUAUCAGACCAAUAAUUUCAGAAAGUAUUCAGUGCAGGACAUGGAGUUUAGUCUCCGGGACAGUGUUUUUUGGGUCAGACCCGUUUCUCAUAUACAUAUAUAUAUGCAGAAUGAUAUUACCGACAAAGACAAGGGAGACUGGAAUGGCCAUUUCUGGCUUAUUGGCCGUCGUCAGCCAGCCAUACCCAAGCCCGAAGUGUGGAACACCCGAGCCUCGAACUCGCAACCUGUUGGUUUAGAAGUCAACGCCUCUACUCACCGGGCCACGAGCCCGUUGCCCUGUCGGUUUUCGAUCGGGAAUAUAUAUAUAUAUAUGACGGAUAUAUAUUACGAUAUAGAUAUUAUGACAAUGGGCGCCCACCGAUCAGGUUACGCAACAUGCUCGUUCCUUUGUGCCUUGGGGCUCAUACUAGAACCCUCUUAGACAGUCGCAUAGAGACUAGUAGUAGACUUAGAUGAGAUGGUGCCGACAAAGACAAGGGAGACCGGAAUGGCCUUUUCUGUCUUAUUAGCCGUCGUCAGCCAGUCAUACCCAACCCCAAGUGUGGAUCCCUUGGGAUUCGAACCCGGGAUCUUUGGUCAUGGAGUUUGACACUCUACCAUUGAGCCACGGGCCCGUUGUCCUGUCGGUUGUGAUCGGGAAUAUCAAUUAUGACAGUGGGCGCUCACCGAUCAGGUUAGGGAACAUGCUCGUUCCGUUGUGCCUUUGAGGCUCAUACUAGACUGUCUGCGAGGGUUCUAGUAUGAGCCCCAAGGCACAACGGGACGAGCAUGUUCCGUAACCUGAUCGGCGAGCGCCCACUAUCAUAACUGAUAUUCCCGAUCACAACCGACAGGACAACGAGUCCAUGACAUUCCAAGAAAUGUAAUACGAAAUAGGUGAGAUUCUUUGGGAAAGAAAUAACGUUCUUUACACACAUUCUCAGGACUUUUUCCCCAGCUCGUCGUUAUAGGUCACGUGUAAAACAUUUAGCUGUUCAAUCCCAUUGAACGAAUGAUUCUGUGGUUAGCCGAAACCUGUGCCAGUGCGCGUCAAUUGUACUUCGUAAUCCCUUCCGUAUUGGUUGCGCUCGCUUCCAUUUGUCCUUAAGAAAUUUGUACAUGGCAUCUGAAUCGAGAUUCCAAUUGGUGCAUGUCUCAUGUGAGUGUACUGCUUCCAGGAGUUUGCCGCCUUUCCUUCGGGGGCAGACGCCAACAACGCGAAUUUUCACCCGUGCAAAUUUGUUUCCAGUGUCCAAUGUGCGCAUAGUCGCCUGGGGUAGGUGAUCUCGUCUCAUCACCACUAACUGGUGUUCAUGUAUACGAGUAAGGACAGAUUUCCCAGUCUGGCCCAAUGAUAGAGCGUUGUACUUGGCACUCAACGACCGAAUAAUCUGGGUUCUAGCCCCAAGUUAAGAAACACUAAAGUAAGGUACGGCUACAUGACGACGGCUAAUAGGCCAAAAACGGUCACUCCGGUCUCUCUUGCAUUUACUGGCGCAUCUUAAAUGCAUACAUUAUUGGUCGCUAUUUGAUUGUCUGAGAGGAUAUUAGAUUGAGCCUUAAGGCGUGUCUCGUAACUUUGCAGAGGGAAAAUCUACCUGGGAAAGAAAUAUAGGUAUAUACGGCGCAUUGUGACCUGUAUGACGGUAGGUUUUAGAACUUCGCGUAGUGAAAUGUCACCUCCCACAAUAGAAAUCGAGAUUGACAUUUGCACCUUUGAAUAUAGUACCAAUGAAUGAGAAAAAAAGAACAUUUUGAAUGACCAGUGCAUUCAGACAGAAACUAUAAAUCAGCCCGCUUUUGUUGAAAAGCUUUUCAGGUUAAUUCCUAAUUAUCUAAAUAUACUAUCCGAGACGUAAAUGCACGAGCAGAAAACAUUGAUUUAGAACCAGUGACGAAAUACGAAAAGUAAGAAACGGUUUCGAACUGAACUUCCAUGAAUUACUUAUCUAAAACUCACAAGGCUUUGUUUCUACAUCUUACCCAUGCAUAUUCGUACCACCUUUUAGGAACUGAAAGCUAGGUGAUAGAAGAUCAAAUGAACUUCCAUGCACACACCAGUUGCGACAAUGUAAAAAGAACUAUUUGGAAGAUUACCUGACAUACGCAUUAGGCCAUUCAAGACCACCUGUGCGCGGAAUUCAGUAGGAUUGGGAUCGUAUUCCAGGUGACAGUGAGAACCUUACUGUCAGAAUAGAGGCGCAUUUGAAACACCGCUCCAGACAUUUCAAAAUAGAACUUUCAAAAAUGCAUGAAGCCCAUCGACCCCUCCCCCUGGAGGAGCGACCACAAGCCCCGCCCCUCCCCGUACAUAAAGCCCAUGUUCCGGCUCACUAAUGACAACACACUAGUCAAUAAUUUGCGAAAACAAAUGGACGGGUACAGCAGAGCCGGAGCGGUCAUUCUUGUUUUGUCUGCCAUCGUCAAUUCAGUCUGAAACAUGAAUUGAAGAAGGCCGCUUUCGAUGUCGGGAGUUACUUAUUUCGGCGAGGUUAAUGAGCUAAACCGACUACUCCAGUCUUUCUGUUACUGGUGGUUCACCUCUUGGUACUUAUUAGGUGCUCGUCCAACACCUGGACUUCACAACAAAUCCUCUUCCCUUCCCGACCAGGCCGAAUCUUUGAGCUUCAUCCUCGCGUUAUAUGAAAAGUAGCGAUUGUAAUUAGCCGAAAAAGAACCCGACACUGUAAUGACCCUUCUCGUUUCUAAUCUGUCCAAUAUUAUUAGAUUUAUCCAGUUCCUAAGGUCAUUGGUAGGGAUGAGAAGCUUGAAAAAAAAUCCCAAAAAAAGAAAUUAUCUACAACAGACAAUACACAGAUCGCCUAAAUGAUGGGUUAUAUAACCACUUCGAAAACGUUACGAUCCGUAAUCAUUUUCAGUGUAUGGGCGACGGGCAAUAGAUCGGCUAAAAGUCCAGGGUGAGCAAGGCAAACAUAUCCGUUCGAAAGUAGCAGUCAUACGAGUAUAUGACAUGAAAGUCACAGUGAGUUCGGGAAAGGCUGGUGCAUAGGCAGAUUUGUAUGGAGUACGAAGAAAAGUAGAAGAGGGAUCUGUCGCCCAAGUUUAUCAUGACCAGAUCCCGUAAAGGCUAUAUUUAAUGGUUUCUUUGACUAUUCAAAAAUCCAUGGACUUUGCCGUUGUUCGUAAGGACCUUUUCAGUCUUUCUGAUUCUGUUGCCUUAUUCGAGAGUUUGUUGUUCAGCAUUACAUUUUAAAAAAUUCACAUUUGUUGGAUUCUUCUUCAUAAAGCCGCCAAUAACUUAUAACAGAUUAAGGAGCAUUUCCGUACACUGUAUGAGGCUGACUUUAAUAUUUUUUAGAGGUGGAUUUCAUCAGUUUCCAGAGGACAUUUUCUACCCGGCGGCACGUUUUCUCGAGGUAAGACAGGUUAAAGAUUACCGUUUCUUUAUAAAAUUGUUUUCCGAAACUUUCUUAAAGAAAAAAUGGCUUAACACUGGUCGGAUUGACAAAAAGUGGCGUUAAUCCGUGGGUAGCGUUUUGUGACAAGAGAAAAAGAGGACGGAUAACGAGAAUGAAGCAAAAUUCACUGGUUUUGAGACCUGUCUUCAAGUCUCAUAAUCCGUUAUGUGGUUUUAAAAAGGGCGUUUCUGGCUUUUAUGUGACAAAAUAACCACUGAACUGCUUGAGUCAUGAAGCUGAGAUCUAUGGAACUGAGGGGGUGAGGAAGGGGACUAGUUAACACCGCCUGACUACCGAAGUAGUUUUAUGUUAAUAUCCUGAUGCGAAUGCUUGUGAUAUUUGCGCGUUAUUCCUCAUAUUUCCACGGUUUCCUCACAACGUCGAAGACGCGCUAUUCUUGUGUUUGUUGCGAUGUUAAAUGACGGCCCAGGAUGAAUAAUAUGACCACUCUUAACUAGGCGCUUUUUGACUGAGCUACGUAAAACUUCCUUUGCAACUCACACCUGCCCCGCUUUGGCGGGUAUUCGCUCUGCCGUGUCCCUUUUGUAUGCCCUUAAUUUGUUUACAUCCGCAACUGCAUUCGAACUCAUGAACAGGGUUAAAAUCAACGUGAUUAGGAAAGUUAAUCAUAAAAAGACCUGACUGGGAUGUUCAGUGUGCAGUCUACAACGCAUGGCGACCCCAUUGUACCGUGAUAUGGAGUUUUCGUUUGACUCUGUUGGACACGUUAUAACCUUUAACAUUCAGGAUGAUUACAACUCAUUUUCUUCGAAGAUAGAAGCUCUGUAGGCUGAAACCCGGGUGAUAUGUCGAAUGAACUUUUUCAACCAUGUCUCCUCACCUCUUUGCCUUCACAUGAUGAGUUAGCUACCUUUGGCCUGAGUGUAAAACUGUUCGUAAAUCUUUGCUGUGUUUUCACCUAUCACACAUCCCAUUCUGGAUGUUUAAGCAGCGAUUGUAAUGCUAAGUUUGCUUUAAAGCGUUGGUCCCCAAAUAUUUGUCAUUACACACUUGGUGUUUUAAGUAGCCUUUUGCACAAUAAAUCUACAUAGGCACAUUGAUGCCAAUUGUUUCUUUCCUUACACAUUUUCCUCGCUUUCAAAAGAUCUUCUAGCUGCACGUUCAAGUGAGCAGCGUUUUUCUUUUAAUGGAAAGGCGAGGCCCUAAGCACAAAAUAUACCCGUUGUGUAUAGGUGCGAUUCCGAUCUUGGUGAGGCUGUGAAAUUGUCCGCUAUCCCAACCGAUAACGAAUUAGAUCAAAAUCGUGGUUUUUUCGUCUGUUAUCCGCUAACCGCUGUGGAAAUAAGCCCAAAGCCCCCUAAGUAGCCUACUGAAAUAAAGAUAAAUCUCCAAACCCUAAGAGCGUUUGCGACGUCGACGGACCUCACUGCGUUUUGGAUAACUUUACUGCCCACGUACGAUCAGUCAAACAGAAGUGGGUUUCACAGCUCACGAGUAAAGGGUUACUAUGGCACAAUCUUGUUUCGCCUUGAAUUUCGAUCCUAGUUACUUACAGGCGGUGUUAUAACGAGCAGGGAAACUGCAAUGACCAUGCCCAGCUUCUCUCGUGUGUUCCGCAAACUGUAAUGCGUCCUCAAGCAAACACGAGGAUUUUUAGUUGAAUAAGUUUGUCGUUGACCAGUUUAGUCAAACGCUUGGUUCUUCUAGCAACGUGUCAACGCGCUGCAGCUUUGAACCGGGAAUAUUCAGUCGUACAUCAUUCCGUUCUCAAAUUAACACAGAUUGGUGAGGGCACUCUUGACUCUUCCAAUUACGAUCCAUAUGACAUGGCCUUGUGGCCUAAGUGGUAGAACUUCUGGUCCAAGUGUCAACAGACAGCUUACCUAGUUUCAGGUUUAAAGUUAUCCCACUUUGAGGUAUGUUAUGACAGAUUGGUGACGAAAAACAGACCUGAACGGGUCGUUCUGGUAUCUGUUAUCUUUGUCGGUAGAAUUUUUAGAUUAGCUUAGCGAGUUGCGCCUCUACCCGUCUAGCAAAUGUCGCCGUCCUAUGAACUGAGCCAGAAUGGGAUGGGUUGGGUCAUGACCCAAUCCGAGGGGCCCUUCGUCUUUUAUUUUUAACAUAACUUAUUAGCAAACUGAAGCGUUUUGCGACGCUGAUAGUGUAGGCACAAUCCUUGCGUGGAUCGGUUUGUAGAAGCAAUCGUAGACGUAAACAGUUUCCAGUUAUUUUUUUUCGCAUUCCCAACCGUUGAUUCCGCCGUCUAACUCUGUCCAUACGGCGUAACCAAAAGCCGCAAUGACAGUAAAUUACCCUGUCUACCCCGUCCUUCGAAAAAUAUCAGGAAGUAGUUUACUUACGCAAUUGUUUUUACGUAAUUAUCUAAGCAAGGAACGUACCCGCGCUAUCUGUACUGAAAAAGGUGCAGUCUUAAUGAGUAAAUAUGCUAAAGGUGGGAGGCGAAUAAUUCCAUGGACUAGGUCCUUAAUCCAUCUAUCCCACUUUGUCCCGACUAUUAGGAUGCAGACGUGUGCUACCAGGACAGGUGGCAUGUUGAUUCGCUAAUCAGGGUAAAAAUAUUGAAAUUUCACGAGUCUUACAAAGGUUCGCCUGUCCAUGGACACCACAUAAAAAUAGCCUUACGGUGGAUAUAUACUUCUUAUGAUGAAAACGCCGGCAACGGACCUGAUAUCCGAACCAAACUGCCUUACGAAUAGCACACACCUUACUGAUGCUGACUGGUAAUCGAUAUUUUUGUUUUACCAGGACAAUGUGGCGAACCGGGAUACACUUGAAGCCCUUCACUUCAGGCUGUACAAACUGGCCUCCAUUCUACGGAUCUUCCUCAUCACUCUAAUUUCCGUCGCCCUCCUUUCACUCCUUUGUCUAUUGGUGUACUGUCUCAUUCUGUUCGCAAAACAGGACUUUUCCGCCUCCACAGUGAUCUACCGCAUACGGACCAACUUGCACGAACACGAGGACAGCCCCGUUAAGUCUCUGGAUGAAAUUGUUAUCUAA